ACUUCAGGACAUUGCAUCUUCAUAUUCAGAGAGCAUCUCAGAGGAGAUCUGCAACUCUGCCCAAAAUGGGAUUGGCUGGAUAUUGAAUUUGGUAUUGCUGUGAGGGUUGAUUUUAUUGCCACCUUUUUUGUGAAGUCUGCUGAAGUGAUUGAUCAUCUUAAGAGUUACAUUACUGCACGAUAUGGUGACAGUGAUAUUUCUGUUCAUUCAAAGAUUGAUAGUGUUGACUCUUUGCAGAACUUGAAAGAGAUAAUUCAGGCAUCAGAUGUUGCCAUGGUAGAAAGAGCUGGCGUUUUGAUGCUUUCCAGGGAGUCUGCAAUGUGUCAAUUCCCAGAUAAAGCGUUGAGUGUACUGAGAAGUGUCAGCUUGAGAAUCGAGAAGUAGUGGAGGGAGGAAAAACAAUUUAUGUAUUCAGAGAGCAUCUCAGGGGAGCUCUGCAAUUCUGCCGCCAAAGUGGCCAACAGCUUGAAGGUCGAUUGA